AUGAAUAGCGUAGAUUUAAAAAUUUUAAUUGAUGAUUUAGUAUUUAAUCAAAAUUUUCUUACUUAUUAUGAUUUAAAAGCAUAUCUUCAAAAACAUGAUAAAAAUAUAACGGGUGAUGAUAUGGAUGAAUACUAUCGGUAUUAUAAAAACGAAAUUUUGAAAUAUCAUGAUAAAAUAAUUAAACGUUUAAGAGAGAAUAUUAAAGAAGGAAAAUAUUCAAAGGGAAAAAGUAAAUCACAACUGAAACAGUUGAAAGAUUUCAAAAAUAAAGUAUUAACAGAAGAAGAUAUUGAUGAAUUAUAUAAAUUAUAUAAUCCUGAGCCACAAAAACCAAAAGAGAAAAGUUUGGACGUUCAGCAGCUCAUAAAUGAUGCACAAGCUUUAAUUUAUGAUUCAUUAGUUAAACCAUAUUCAGCCCGACUUUUAAAUGAAGAUCAACUUUUGGAAUUCAUCCUUCAACAUAAACUCGAAGCGGGAAAGUAUAUCAAUCCUUUAUAUACAGCAUAUUUAAAACAAAUGAAUAGAAUACAUCCAGAAUUAAUGAAGGAAGGAUUGAAUUCCAAAAUCAAAGCAGAUAAAAUUAAACCACUUACAACACCAAAACCUCCAACAGUAGUACCUCCUCCUCCUUCAGUUAAUCCUUCAUCAUUCACUUUAUUAUAUCCAUUUCAAACAUUUAAGAAGCAAAAAGAUUUUAAAAAGGAUUUCAAGAUAUUAAAUAAACCAAUUGACCCGAAAAUUCAACCAUUAAAGGAAAAAUUUAGUCGACCUUCAUUUGCUCCAUAUCCAUAUUCAUACGAAAUCGAUCAUCUGGAAUAUUCAAAAGGAAAC